CUUUCUCUCUACUAUAAAAACCCCCUCAGUCCUCACACAACACAAACAUUCACCAUCUCUUAUUUGAUAAAGUUAUUAUUGAGAUGGAGGGCAAGAAGAUGAAGGCUCUGGGCGUUGCAUUGACAAUCGUGGCACUCUCCGCCGCGAACGGCGUCGCAGCAGCAGAGGCUCCAGCGCCGUCCCCCACUUCCGACGCAGCCCUCUUUGUUCCCACUUUCCUCGCCUCCUUGGCGGCCAUGGCUUUUGCUUACAUCUUCUGAUCAAUUUUCAUCUCUUAAUCUUCUUUUUCCCUUAUCGGAUUUGGAUCUACUGUUGAUUUCCUUGUCAUAUUUUUCCUCUUUUUUAUUAAUAACACUUAUGUCUUCUAUA